AGUUGAAGUCACGUAGGAUAAUCGAACAUACUCAAUACGACGACGUUUGGAUUGUCCGCUACAGUAGUAUGCUGCAGAGAGAAAAUAGUUGCACUGUGUCAGAGACUCACAGACUUGCAGUUAUCGGCAGACCCCAAUUCCAUUAAUGAACGUCGACGUUUCAAAUCAUCUCCAAAUUCCAAUCCAUUGAGAUCUCAAGCCCGAAUUCGAACUGGUUCAAAUCUGCACCAAUGCCUCAAGAAAACUGGUUCCAAUCCCUGAGAUCCGAAGCUUCUCAUUCUGAUUGAUUCGAAUAAAAGCAAUAUUCAAAUGGGGGUGGUGAUUGAGAGCUCUGUUUGGGAGCCAAAUCCUGGCCUUUACAUAUUCAUCUUCUUCGCCUCUCUCUUCUCCAUCCUCGCCUUCCCUUAUGCUUCAAACAAGUACAGCAGCACUGGCAGCAGCAGCAUCUCCAGCAAAGCUCCGUCGCUCUUCGACCAUGGAAUCUCCCCCACCGCCUCCUCUCUCCGCUUCCAGAGGAACUUCCUUCUUAUCUAUUCUCUCGCCUCAGUGAUGGAGGGACUGUGGUCUGUAUUUGGUGAGUUUGAGUUAGCUUACUACGGUUUAAGCAGAGAGCAAAUGAUGUUUUCUCUCUGUGUUGGAUUUGCAGCUUCUCUUUUAAUUGGUUCCUUCUUAGGCGUACUUUCCGAUUUAAUAGGUCCAAAGAAAGUUUGUUUCCUCUUUUGCAUUCUACACCUCUUUCUUGGCUUGUGGAAGAGAAUUAUUGAUCAGCCGAGUGUUUUGGCUGCGAGCAUUUGUUUGUCUCUCGCAGCUUCGAUUUUUUCAUUCAGUUUCGAGACGUGGAUGGUAGUUCAACACGAAGAGCAAGGGCACAGGCAAGAUAUGUUGAGUGAGACUUUUUGGUUGAUGAGUUUCUUUGAGUCCGCAUCUCUCAUUGGAAGCCAGGUGCUUUCAAAUUGGCUCAUUGGUAAUAAUGUGGACAAAAACAUGGCAUCUCAUUCCACUGCAGCCAUCUUCUUGGCAAUAAUUGCCUUGGUUUGUCUUCUCAGAGGAUGGACAGAAACCCCACAGAAAGUAGCUCUUAAGGAGUAUAGGGCGUCUUUCUCUACAUAUAUUUUUGGUGAUAAAAGAAUAUGGCUUUUGGUGUGGGCACAGGCUUGCCUUCACUUCUCUGUAGCAGUCUUCUGGAUACUAUGGGCCCCUACUAUAGUGGCUGAUGGACGAGAAGUGCACCUAGGGUUGAUAUAUCCGUGUUUUUUGGGCUCAAGAAUGCUUGGAAGCACAAUAUUUCCAUGGCUCGUUAGUGGACUGUCAUCCCUGAGAACUGAGGAUUGCCUAGUAUAUGCAUUCAUUAUAAUGGGGCUUGUAUUGUCUAUAACAGCGUAUGAUUAUCAGGAAAUUGGAGUAUUAGUGACAUUAUUUUGCAUAUUUCAUGCCGGUCUUGGCAUGAUUUUUCCUUCACUAGCCAGAUUGAGGACAAUGUAUGUGCCUAAUGCACUGCGUGGGGGGAUGAUAAGCCUUUCUCAAGCCCCAGCAAAUGCAGCAAUUCUGCUUUUUCUGGUGCAAGGAAAAUACUACAAUAACAUUGGGAACUCAACAAUCAUAGCGUUUGCUGCCCUUGGACUAUUCACAGCAGCUGGUUGCAUGCACGUCUUGAAGCGAUGGGGGAAGCAACCAUAUCACAACUGGCAUAAACUCUGAUUUUAUACCAAACCAUCAGCGAGCUUAUUGGCUGAGUUGGUGAGUCCUGGAGAUCAUUAAUGACUAGCAGAAAUGAGUGUUUCAAAGAAUUUCUGUGCCUCUGAAUUCCACCUGAGGUAUGCGACUAUAGAAGUAUGGGGACAUAAAUACUGAAAAAACAACAAUAUGUUGUAAGUUGCAAAAAAUUGGAUUGAUAUGGUCUUGUGUAUUCCUUAGGAAUCAACUGAAUGACUAUGUGCAAGACAGAAACCAGUUAUCGGUUCCUUGUCACCGAGUUCAAUUCAAGUUGCCAAACCCAUCUGAACAUCUUAACUUUCUGGGCAGGUCUGGUGGUUAGGCAGGAGAAGAUGGGAUUUACAUGUUUACCAUCAGCCCUCUGCACAGUUUAGGGAUUUAGACCUCAGCAGUAGAGGCGAGAACUGCAAGUUUUUGUGAUCCUCAUUUUGAAGAUUUGUUUGUAAGUUUUGCACUGAACUGACACAAUUAGCAGUUUAGUUUGGCAAAAAUUGUACUUAAAUAUGUGGAACAGAAUGGAAAUGUCAAAAUUAUUGCCAGAUUUCUUUGA